UCACCGCGGCGGGAAUAAGAGCAGCUGCAGGAUCUGGGAGGCACAGGAGCCACUGCCCAGAUUAAGAGUCACCGCUUCGCAACCACCGCCUGGCUCCAUCAGGACCCCGCAGUCUCAGCUCCAAGUCACCGUUCACCAGGUGAGCUCUGCUCAGGGAGGCAUCAUGGGCUUUCUGAAGUUCUCCCCUUUUCUGAUUGUCAGCAUCUUGCUCCUCUACCAGGCAUGCAGCCUCCAAGCAGUGCCUCUGAGGUCAAUCUUGGAAAGCAGCCCAGGCAUGGCCACUCUCAGUGAAGAAGAAGCUCGCCUGCUGGCUGCACUGGUGCAGGACUAUAUACAGAUAAAAGCCAGAGAGCUGGAGCAGGAGGAGGAACAAGAGGCUGAAGGCUCUAGUGUCACUGCCCAGAAGAGAUCCUGCAACACUGCCACCUGUGUGACCCAUCGGCUGGCAGGCUUGCUAAGCAGAUCGGGAGGUGUAGUGAAGGACAACUUUGUGCCCACCAAUGUGGGCUCUGAAGCCUUUGGCCGCCGCCGCAGGGACCUUCAGGCCUGAAUAGAUAAUAGCCCCAGAAUGAAGGUUACACAAUAAAGAUAAACUCUAAUUCUUUUCAUGUAUAAUUAAAGUCAUGUGUAAGAAAGGCUGAUGGAAGACACACAUCUGCAUCCUUCUUGGUAUCAAAAACCCUUCUCCCUUUGACAGGAACUAAAGCUAAGUGCAGAGUAAACUCAUUAUAGUUGCCUAUUGUGCAUUGUGUUGUGUGUGAUUCUGUAUCCAAUAAACAUGACAGCAUGGUUCUGGCUUAUCUGGUAGCAAAUCUUGUCCCCAUAAACCACCCUGCUGAUGUUGACAACUCUGUUAAACUUCAAGGGGAUAUGAAACCACUGCCUCUUAGUCUUCUGGGGACACAUGGUAAUGUGACUCAAUGGAACCAUAUGCUUAAAGAACUGUUAAUGUUGUCACUUGUGAAAUUAAUCAAAAUUAAAAACAAAUGUAUUUUCGAUAUCCUCAA